AUAAAUUAUACAAAAUAAAAACUGUAGCUUAUUUUCGAGUCUUCGACGACCGACAGCGCCUUGGCUUUUCCGGCUCAGAUCGACGGCCACUGUAUCAAAAGGAAGAAGAAGGAAAUCACGGCGAUGGAGGCGCCGGCGCCGGAGGAGGGCUCCUCCCGCCGUACUCGUUCUCAAGUAGCCCCGGACUGGAGCGCUCGCGAAUCUCUCAUCCUCGUGAACGAGAUCGCCGCCAUCGAAGGCGAGUGCGGCAGGACGCUCUCCUCUUUCCAGAAGUGGAAGAUCAUCGCAGGAAACUGCAACGCCCUAGACGUCAGCCGCACCUUGGACCAGUGCCGCCGGAAGUGGGACUCCCUCCUCUCUCUCUUCAACAACGUCAAGCGCUCCGAAUCCACGCUCGGAAAAUCUUACUGCGCUCUGGACAACCACGCAAGGAGGCAGGUUUUUGGCUUUGUUCCCGAGGAUAUUGAUUCUGAGGUUUAUAAAGCCAUCGACGAUCAUUUGAAAGCAGACGAAGAAUCGGAUACUGAUCCGGAUAAUGAUCCUGAAGCUGUUGCUGAUGCGGUUUCUCAUGUUCUGCCCCUUUUGCCCGACUCCUCUGUAGGCUUUAAGAAGAGGAGGAGCGACUUAACACGUAGGAGACACAUCGUGAAGGAAAGGGUGACGCCGACGCCGACACCGACGCCGCCUCAGAAACGCUCCAGAGACAAACAAGUUGUUCCUGAGCAAAGCAGCGAAGAGGAAAAGGUGAAGCCUCCAAAACAUGGGAAAUGCGAGCAGAUAAGGGUUGAGAACAAUGACGUAGAAGAGAAGGAGCAGGCAAUAGCUGCAGAACUGCUUGAAAACGUGGAGCAAAUCACUGCCACACUUAGAGGAAACCUUGACGAUGGUUUGGACUUUGUGUCGGCCAAUCUCAGAAAUGCUGAGGCCUCUGAGAUGGCUUUCAGAAGACGUCAAGGCGACCAACUUAUUACGCGGCUUGUUAAUCUGUCAGACACACUGGCCCAGUUGUGUGAUCUAGUCCAAGGAUGUCAUUAGUUCUCAAUGAGUAGUACGUAGAAGUAACUAGUAAUAAUUCAAUGGUGAUUACAGUGGUAGUGUGUUCUUUUGUAGUUUUCUAAACUCCGUUUUCCUACCUUUGUCCUUUGGUACUUGGAUUAAUGUAAAAUAUUUAGGGCACGUUUGGAGCAAUAUAAAUUCAGUUUUAAUCGAUAUAAGAGGUAAGGCCAACUCAGGAGAUCGAUCCUCCACCUAGUUGGUAACCUUCA